AAAACCGCCGAGACUCACAGGUGGCGGUGGUAAACUAACUAGAAAGAAGCGUGACUGUCUGGAAGUCGACUUUCAGAAGUGGAUACGUGUGUUUUUUGAUAAUUACGUGAAUAUUUUCGGGAGUAACGUCUCUGUUUUGAUCCAACAUGAGUUCGUCAAUGCCGCAGAAGCGUUACUACAGACAGCGAGCCCAUUCAAACCCGAUGGCAUACCACACGUUUGAUUACCCUGUGUGUCCUGAGGAAAUGGACUGGUCCGAGCUGUAUCCAGACCUCUUCACUGGCAGCCCCUCUGAGAAGGAGACCUCCCGGGUUGAGUUUGCAGACAUUGGAUGUGGAUAUGGGGGGCUUUUAGUGGAGUUAUCUCCACUUUUCCCAGACAAGCUCAUCCUUGGCCUGGAGAUCCGGGUGAAAGUUUCCGAUUAUGUUCGCGAUCGAAUCCAGUCACUGCGUGCCUCGGAACCAGGACGAUACCAGAACAUCGCCUGUAUUCGCAGCAAUGCGAUGAAGUACCUCCCCAACUUCUUUUCUAAAGGACAGCUCAGUAAGAUGUUCUUCCUCUUCCCUGACCCUCACUUUAAGAAGACCAAGCACAAAUGGAGGAUCAUUAGUCCCACAUUGUUAGCAGAGUAUGCCUACACACUGAGAGUCGGGGGUUUGGUGUAUACCAUUACAGAUGUGGAGGAAGUACACAUCUGGAUGGUGAAGCAUUUCACUGAACAUCCGCUGUUUACACGUGUCCCCGAUGAAGAACUGGUCAGUGAUGUCAUUAUAAACCGUUUGGGUACCUGUACAGAGGAAGGAAAGAAAGUGCAGAGAAAUGGAGGGAAGAAUUUCCUCGCAGUUUUCCGAAGGAUUGAGGACUCAAACUAAGACCAAACUGCUUGGACGUGCGACAAACUGAAAUGUUUUUUAUGCUGUCUGCACACGGAGGAUAAUGCUGCUCGAUGGAGCUGGAGGCUGUGGCUUGUUCCCGCAGCAGAUGAGCAGUUUCUUUCUGGUAUUAAUGGACAAACAUUUACAUCAAUACCUGAUGGAGGAUUUGUGUUUCAGCUUUUUCACUUGAUGCAUCUCAUUCCUCAGCUCACAAGACAGCACAAGGGAAGUAAAUCAUAAAAGGAUCCCUAUUCAGACUAGACUUGUGAAGUGUUGCUUUUUUUAAAUUAAUUUUAAUGAUGUUCUUUGUGGUUUUUUUGCUAAAUUCCAAAGUGCUGUUUUGGAUUCCCUGUAAAGCUGUACAUUAUUUUAGUAAAACAAAAAGCCAGUGUUUGGUUUGGUUCAUUGUAGACUAUAUGUUUUGCAUUGCAGUUAUUUUGGGGUCUUUCUCACAAAAAAGACAACUGGAUUAGUCGGAUAACUACACUGAAUAAAACCAAGAACUGUUUAAUAUCAGUCCAUAUCCUGUUACUCAAUUUCAAGGAGUUAAGGUUUUACUGAGCGCAGUUCUCCAGCUAUUUAAACCUGCUUGACAAGGAAAGGCCUUAGUGUUGUAUCCAUUUGAAAAACAUUUGAAAUUGCAAGAAUGAUUACUUUGUUGGCUUCAUGGUGGUGAUUCAUAGUAUUGACGUCUGAAUCUGAAUUAGAAUAAACUGUGAAGUUUGCCAACGACA